AUGUCCCAACGACCCAAGCGUGAGACGGCAAACACCAAGCCAGCACAGAUCAUCAUUGACAACAUCCAGAAACGCCGCACGUCUGCUCAAGUCCAAGAAGACGCUAGGAACGCCGCUGCUGCAAAAGCUGCCAAACAAGCAGCUGACGCCGAACUGAAAGCUGAAAAGAUUGCCCGUAUUGCUGCCGCCGAGGAUAAGCUCCGCCGGGAGGAUGAGGACGCCAAGAAGAACGCUGAGCGACCUGAUUUGGUAGUGGGGAAAAAAAGGGGGAGCAAGAAAUCUGUGUCUACGAACAAGGGAAAACUCCCCGAGAACGACCCACUUGACAACAAAGACAUCCGCGGAACCAUUGUGCAGCCGGACUUAUCGCUAGUGGAUAACACGAUGAUGAAGAAGCAGAAAUUUGUAAACAAGCCUAAGGUGCAAGUGCCGGCAACGGAACCUUCUGACGAUGAAAGUGAUGGAGGGAAUGACGACGAGAUGAAGAAGAAUUGUACACCUGCGACAAAGGCCCAACUCCCCAACACUGAACAAUUGGACGAUGACGACGCCGCAAUGUUAUCCGAGGGCCUUGUAGAUCUUCCAGAAGACUCGAUUGUUGAUACUGAGUCGAGCGAUGGGCGAGGUUUAGAAGAGUUCGACGCCUCUGACCAAGAUGACGAUUAUGUCAUCAAGGUUGAUGAGUCCGAAUCCGAUGACCACGAAGUUGUGAUCCCCAAGAAACCAGCUGCGAAGAAAGAGAAGCCCAAACGCGGUGAACUAAGACAAACGAUCAACAAUGCUCGCCAGGUCGCUCCUGCAUCCGGCCUCGUCAUUGGCGCCAAACGCAAAGAUCCAGCCGACCCCAAGUCUUCACAACCUGACAAGCGAGCCAAGAAGUCUGAGCCGAUGGGGUUGAUGGCCGAUUGGAAGAAGAAGGUCAGGCAGAAAGGUGACGUCGCUCCAUUUUGCUGGUAUUCUCAACAUGCGACAAAUAAUGGGCCCACAGGUUCUAAUGGGUCCGAGGCCGACUUGGUGAAUACCGAGCUCGAACCUGUGGGGGGUGAGUUUCAUGAUGAUGAGGAAGCUGUGUCUGUCACGGCGGCUCGCACCGCGAAGGGAGCGAAUGUUACUAAAGUCAAAUACGAGACCCCCAUGAGAUUAGUCCAGACACCCUCCAUCGACAUCGAGCAAUUUCGGCGAGGACGUGGACCGAAGAAGGAAAAGUACACCGUCAUCGACCUUCCCUUUCCCGCAGGACCUGGGAAAGCUGCCUACCAUCAGAAGUGGCGUCGACAGUUCAAACAUAGCCUGUACCAUUGGGCUGGUACUGUUUCAGAUCCUUUUGGUACCAACGCUAUCAUGGGGCCAAAGGUACGUGAGAUCUGGAACGCCGUGUAUCCGACUUUGGUUCUGGAGAACGAUGACCCUGCUUGGGAUGUCAUCCGUGGUGUCGCCGGGGACGCGCUCCUGGAUUGGCGCAGUUCAGCUGGGAAGGACGCUAUCAAGAUCGUCGUUAAAACAUUCAAAGAGAACAAGAUUUCCGAUGACGAAGUCGGCGAGGUUGCAGAGUAUUACCUCAAGAAAUUCCGGUUUAUCUAUGGAAAUCCCGAUGCAUCAAAUCCAGAGGAGAAGGAGCCGUUCCUUGGUCCGUUUAUGCUCGAAAUGUUCGCAACCGUUCUCAAGAAAACGGUUGCGUCCAUGUUUGGAUAUGGCCACCCCAUCGGCGGUCUUGCAAUGGCCGCGGCUACUCUAGAGCGUGCAUUUGAAUUAAUUAAACAGGGUCGGGUAACUCUGGAUUACGAGGACGACACCGAUAAGAAGAAACCCUCCCUCCCUCAAUUCAAUGAUAAGCUAUGGGGUCCGAAGGUUCGCAAGUGGGUCGUGUCGACACAGAAACUCGACGUCAAGAAACAUUGGCCAAACAUUCUCCAUAAUGCCGCGUCGAGGGUAGCCAACUUCAACGUAGAUGAGGAUGGUGAUGAGGAUGAUGGUGACGAGGAUCCUCGGGCAAUGAUUGUCAUUUCUUUGCUCGCCGUACUCGUCACUCAUUACAUUGAUAGAACUACCAUUGCUUGCCUCACCUUCCAUAACGUUCCCACCGAGGAAGGUGUAAUCAACCGUCAAGAACUCAAGCAUGCCGAGGCAGGAGUGACGACGUACCCUUCCGUUGUCCCACAUACGAGUGGCCUUGGUAGGGACAGCUCGCAUCGCACCACCACCGCCAAGGCGCCGGACAUCCGCUUUGAUACUAAGGAGGCGGCCAUGUCGUGA